AUGAGCUCCAUUGUCCUGAGCCGACGUACUUGGAAUCCUCUGCAUUUGGUUGGUUGUGUGUAUGCAAAUCGUGUUGAUAAUCAAGCUGAAUCGGCGAGCAAGGGGGCUUCCUUGACACCACCAAUAGCCCAGGGGAACUUGCGGUCCGGAGCUGUACGUCACAACCUGAUUGCCGUGCUGCCUCGAUCUGGAUACUGUCUCUUCACAGUCGCGCGGUCACCACAGAUGAUCUUCGAAAGCCUCGCAAGGCUAAUUGAGUUCUAUGUGAAAAUGCCCUGGUGA